AUGACAAGGCACGGGUAUAACAAGAUCUCGCAAGACGACGAAAAGGCUCCGCAGAAGGUUGGCUUUGUUUCUUAUGUUCUCUACCAGUGGAUGAGCAGUGUCUUCAAAACAGGCAAACAACGAGCGUUGGAGCAAAGUGAUUUUUUACCUCUUUCAAAAGAAAAUCGUACGUCAUUCGUAACCGAAAAUCUUCAGGAGAACUGGAGGGAGGAAGAGAGAAAAUGCCAUGAAACUCCGCGAGGACGACCAAAGCUUUGGAAAAGCGUCACACGAACAAUCUCCUUUAGGGAAGUUAUGAUCCUCAUUUGCAUGGGUAUUUUUCGCUCAUCCUUCCGUAUUCCCUCUCCUUUGCUCCUUGGAUAUCUAAUUUCAUCGCUGAUGUCUACGGAGUCACAGCAGAAAAUGUUUCUCUAUGGUUGUGCGCUGGCUCUGAGUAUCAGCUCUUUGAUGCAGAAAGUUUCAUCUCAAACGCUUAUGUACAGAUGUGAAUUAAUGGGAAUAACCCUGAGAAGUGCUCUGAAUGGUCUUAUUUAUCAUAAG